CCCCCCCACGAUGACGACCAAUGGACACGGAGCUUCGUCGAGCAGCAGUGCAGCAGCUCUAGAGCAGCAAGCGGACGAGCUUACCUCGCCUGCUGCGCUCCGCAAGCUCGUGCUCAACUAUCUCGUCCACCACUGCUACCUUGACACUGCCCAGGCUCUUGCCGAUGACGGCAUCUCUUCACUCGAGAGUCUGUAUCCAUCAGCUGCUGGACCUUCUUCCUCUUCUUCGACUGCAGCCCCCGCUCCCAGCGGAAGCUCGACGGUUGUUAGACAGUCAAGAGCAUCGAACCAACAGCUCCUUGGGUCGGCGCACCCGCUCUCUGCGCCUCCCCUUUCAAGGGAGGAUUCGAGUAUGGAGAUUGAAGUCGACAGCCUCCUAACGCUGGCUCAGCAGGAGCAACAGGGAGCAGCAGGGACGGUAAGACCCGAAGCAGAGAAGACAAACGGGCAGCCAGUCGACGACGAUGUGGGAAUGUCGGGGAGGGCAGAGGAGGGCAAGGGCGCUUUGGCGGCGCCUGGGGCACUCGAAGGAGAUUCAGUCAAUGGCGAACUGUCGGCGACCGAUUUGAAUGUCGUGCGGGUUCGCAAGGAAAUUCGUGAUCACAUCGUCAACGGACGAAUCAAGCUCGCGAUUGAGCUACUAAACACGCAGUUUCCCACCGUUCUCAAUGCGCCAGAGGGUGGGACAGCAACCAGGAGCUCUGCCAAAGCUCAGCAAAGGGAUCGAACGGAACGCCGGCCCGCCCAGUCGGCAUCUAGUCGGAGUCGAGAGCGGGGCGAUGACAAGGGCGAAGAUAUCAUCAAGGUGCUACCUUCGAACCCGACUUCACUGGAUCCUGCGCACCUAUCGUUGAACCUGCAGAUUCAGGUCUUCAUAGAGAGUGUUCGAUCUGUUUCCGCUGGUUCGACAGGGAGCAACAAUGGCCUGGAUAGACCCAGCGUCGGGCUCACGGCCCACUCUGUUGCCUCUUCACAGCCUGGUAUCGCAUCAGCCGCUGCCGUUUCGAGAUCUGCAUCCCCCGCUCCUUCGUCUACAUCAUCCCACGAAAGCAUCGCUUCAGCCAACGGCCUUUCUUCUGCAUCCAACAGCACUACAAUCGUUAACCCGGUCCUGAAUGCUGCCUUGGCCCACGCCCAGCUGCUGUACACCAGCGUGCAGACCUUGCCUGGCUUUUGGAGGUCCAUGUACCUUAAAGAGCUUGAGACCGUCACAGCGCUCCUCGCCUAUCGAGACUUGGAAUCGUCGCCGUUGCGCAAGUACCUCGACCAAAGCCGGCGGGUUGCUCUUGCAGAGCAAAUCAACAGCGCAAUUCUCUUCCGUACUGGCAAACCCUCACAACCCCUGAUUGAGUCCGCGGUGCGGCAAACGACUUUCCUCUGGACGCAUCUCUCCCUGGAGAAAGUUGCUGUCCCACACGACUUUCCUCUGCUCAAGUCUGGCACAACGACGCUGGGCCUUGACAAAUUUGAUGCAGGCUCAAAUUUUUACGGCUCGUCCACGGGGACGACGUCUGGAGUAGGCGGUGCCAAGAACAACGCGAACAACGGAAACAAAGCAGGCAGAGUCCUGCCUCCCUUUGAUCUCCACUCGUUCUUGUCGGAACGAUGAGGCGUCGUUGCGCCGUCCGAGUCAACACAAUCCUUACUGUAUUCAGCAUAUCGAACCACUACACUCAUCCACCUUUCUCGACACUCUUCUGCCUCGGUCCACGUCCCGUACAUAUCGUCUCUCUUUCUCUGCACAAUCUCAGACCUUCUCAACCCUAUCAUCCGGUUCCUUUGGCGGCCGGCCUGCGACGAUAUUCUUGCAUGCGUAUU